GAGCACAGUCACACUGGCAGUCGCGGAAAAUAAAAGAAUUUAGCUGGCCAACUGGUCGAAAUUAACGCUGAAAUGCAGAUGCAAACGUACAAACUAGUGGUCGUCGGCGGCGGCGGCGUGGGCAAAUCGGCCAUAACGAUACAGUUCAUCCAGAGCUACUUCGUCACAGACUACGAUCCCACCAUCGAGGACUCUUACACGAAGCAAUGCGUUAUCGACGACGUGCCAGCCAAGUUGGACAUUUUGGACACAGCCGGGCAGGAGGAGUUCAGUGCCAUGCGGGAGCAGUACAUGCGCUCUGGCGAGGGCUUCCUGCUCGUCUUCUCGCUCAACGAUCAUUCCAGCUUCGAUGAGAUCCCCAAGUUCCAGCGCCAGAUACUGCGCGUUAAGGACCGCGACGAGUUCCCCAUGCUGAUGGUGGGCAACAAGUGCGAUCUGGAGCAUCAGCGGCAGGUGUCGCUGGAGGAGGCGCAAAACACCAGUCGCAGUCUCAUGAUGCCCUACAUCGAGUGCAGUGCCAAGCUGAGGGUGAAUGUCGAUCAGGCCUUCCACGAGCUGGUGAGGAUCGUGCGCAAAUUCCAGAUUGCCGAGCGUCCGUUCAUCGAGCAGGACUACAAGAAGAAGGGCAAGAGGAAGUGCUGCCUGAUGUAAGAAGAAUCUCCAAAAACCAUUUAACGAGUAUAACACCAAAUUUUCGAAACACGCGUCGACUGAGCUUUGAAUUCCGUUGAGAAGACGAUAAACCACAAACCAAGUAACCAGUAACCGAAACCAGUAGCCGUGCAACAGAAAACGAGCCCAAACGAAUUGCAUUUUUACCUGGAACCAAGAGCCAGGUGCCAGGAGCCAGGUGCAACGAAAGAAUCGAAUAAGCUUCGCCACUUUCAAAUAGCUAACGAAGAAACUCAAAAGCCCAAACACUAAGAUGGAAAGUAAAGGAAACACGCCCGCAUAUAUAGUUAGAUAUAUACAAAAGAUUCACACGCAUACACGGAUAACAUUGUACACACACACAUAAUGAUAUAUAUAUAUAUUUCUACAUAUAUUUUUGUAAUAUUAUUUAAGGAGGAAUGUUUUCUAUGAUUACUAUAUUACCAAUUGUGCGUGGCCGGCACCGCCGCUGGCCAUUUGUUUUUUAUAUAUGAUAACUGGCAAUAACUGAACCCCAGAGCGUUUGUUUCGAUUAAGCCAAAACGUAAUAAUGUGUUAUUGUAAUUUGUAUUGUUAUUUACUACUAAUAUAUACACGUAUAUACAUAUUAUAAACUAAAAACUGCUUACAAUCCGAUUUUGUUGUAACAAAAACAAAACGAAAAAAGAGAUAAAAAAAAAACAUUGAGUGCCUCGUUCUCACGCGCGUAGAAAGCUAAACCAGUUCCGUGUCCUACUCACCUUUUUUUGUAAGCUGCCAGGCGCACAAAACCCAGCUCAGCUCAGAUCCUUAAGGACAAUAUUCUUUGAUUCUAUGUUUGCCACAAUGUAUUUGUUGCUUGAGCCGCAAUCUCGUUUAACUCCCUUUUACACAAUGCUUAAUUUAACGAACUUAUUUAAUGGUAUCUAAAUAAAUAUAUAAUUAUAUUUAAAAUAUUAAACAUAUGCGCAAUUCUAAUAAAAACACACACGGAGAAUCAGAAACGCUUCCACAUA